GUCAAUGCCAGUGUGACCAUGGAUGGGUACUCGGUCCAUAAAGUAAUAGGUGAAGGGUCCUUUGGUCGGGCACUGCUGGUCCAAUCCAGAACCAACCAUGAGAAAUAUGUCAUGAAAGAGAUCCUACUCCCAAAGGUAGGUUAUUAUUACCAUAGAAUGGAAUACAGUAAACAAGUAACUGCCAAAAUAAAGGAAACACCAACAUAAAGUGUCUAAUAGUGUGUUGGUUGGGCCACCACGAGCCAGAACAGCUUCAAUGCACCUUGGCGUUGAUUCUACAAGUGUCUGGAACUCUAUUGGAGGGAUGAGACACCAUUCUUCCGUGAGAAAUUCCAUCAUUUGGUGUUUUGUUGAUGGUGGUGGAAAACACUGUCUCAGGCGCCGCUCCAGAAUCCAGAAGUGUUCAAUUGGGUUGAGAUCUGGUGACUGAGAUGGUCAUAUGGUUUACAUCGUUUUCAUGCUCAUCAAACCAUUCAGUGGAUGGGGGCAUUGUUACAGGUUUUGGUUUUUCCAUUUAUGUUAGCACGUAGGCCGCAUCGAUUGGUGUCACCUCGUUAGUCAGUAUGUGUUACACCCGUGCUGGUUGCGAUCUCGUUAGUGGGAAGGUGUUUCACCUGUGCUGGCCCAGGUGAUAUUUAAGAGUGGCUGGCCCAGGUGAUAUUUAAGAGUGGCUGGCCCAGGUGAUAUUUAAGAGUGGCUGGCCCAGGUGAUAUUUAAGAGUGGCUGGCCCAGGUGAUAUUUAAGAGUGGCUAGCCCAGGUGAUAUUUAAGAGUGGCUGGCCCAGGUGAUAUUUAAGAGUGGCUGGCCCAGGUGAUAUUUAAGAGUGGCUGGCCCAGGUGAUAUUUAAGAGUGGCUGGCCCAGUGCCCCGGUUGUCUUGAUAGAUGUGGAGCGUUAACACCUUUAGUUGUCUCUCCCUAUUUGACUUCUAGAAAAACAUGUUUUGAUCUGAUCUUUCCUGUUUUCAUUUUGCUCCACUUUGUGGUUUGCGUCCUGUCUUUCUUGUCUUUGCCUCUUCUUGGGCAGAUUUAGUGGGUCUCAUGGUGGUCGUCUUUUAGGUCCCAGUUGUUGUUGCUAGUCAACUUUCAGUGGACACCCCCCCCAUGAGCGUCUUUCAGAACCCCUCCUAAAACCCCACGUUUCGUUUUGGUUGUCAGUGACUCUUUACAUUUUACAUUUUUACAUUUUAGUCAUUUAGCAGACGCUCUUAUCCAGAGCGACUUACAGGAGCAAUUAGGGUUAAGUGCCUUGCUCAAGGGCACAUCGACAGAUUUUUCACCUAGUCGGCUCGGGGAUUAGAACCAGCGACCUUUCGGUUACUGUCACUACGCUCUUAACCACUAAGCUACCUGCCGCCCAUCUUUGUUAGUUCCCCCUUCUGUUUGAGUGACAUUUUUGGUUUUCUAGCAGGGGAACGUAACAGCGUGGCCUGCCCAGUAUUUUGAUACAUUACCCUAAACAUUGUUAAUUUCUUAACUCAGGAACCACACCUGUGUGGUAGGGAAGCAGACCAGACUCAUUGGUCCUUUAAAAACCUGUAUGUAAAAUAUUGUGUGCUAAAGCUUGGAAAAUCAAUAAAUGUUUGUUUCCAACAUUAGGGCUGAUUUCCGUAAGUUAAAUCCGCUUCGUGUUUCGUAUCCUUGCCAGGAUACUAACGAGUAUCGCGAUACUGCCCUAUUGUGUGGAACCACCAGCUUUCAAUAUAAUGAGUCAUUUACUCAAUUGUUUCCAUUAUUUGGCACUUACCUGUAUAUCUAGCAAUAUCAAUUUGCAUGUUUUCCUUUUGGCGUUAACCUACACUACCAGUCAAAAGUUUGGACACACCUACUCAUUCAAGGGUUUUUCUUUAUAUAAAAAAAUGUUUACAUUGUAGAAUAAUAGUGAAGACAUCAAAACUAUGAAAUAACACGUAUGGAAUCAUGUAGUAACCAAAAAAGUGUUAAACAAAUCAAAAUAUAUUUUAUAGUUGAGAUUCUUCAAAUAGCCACCCUUUGCCUUGAUGACAGCUUUGCACACUCUUGGCAUUCUCUCAACCAGCUUCAUGAGGUAGUCACCUGGAAUGCAUUUCAAUUAACAGGUGUGCCUUGUUAAAAGUUAAUUUGUGGAAUUUCUUUCCUUAAUGCGUUUGAGCCAAUCAGUUGUGUUGUGACAGAAGAUAGACUUAUUUGGUAAAAGACAAAGUCCAUAUUAUGGCAAGAACAGCUCAAAUAAGCAAAGAGAAACGACAGUCCAUCAUUACUUUCAGAAAUGAAGGUUAGUCAAUACGGAACAUUUCAAGAACUUUGAAAGUUUCUUCAAGUGCAGUUGCAAAAACCAUCAAGCGCUAUGAUGAAACUGUCUCUCAUGAGGACUGCCACAGGAAAGGAAGACCCAGAGUUACCUCUGCUGCAGAGGAUAAGUUCAUUACAGUUACCAGCCUCAGAAAUUGCAGCCCAAAUAAAUGCUUCACAGAGUUCAAGUAACAGACACAUCUCAACAUCAACUGUUCGGUGGAGACUGUGUGAAUCAGGCCUUCAUGGUAGAAUUGCUGCAAAGAAACCACUACUAAAGGACACCAAUAAGAAGAAGAGACUUGCUUGGGCCAAAACACAAGCAAUGGACAUUAGACCGGUGGAAAUGUGUCCAUUGGUCUGGAGUCCAAAUUUGAGAUUUUUGGUUCCAACCGCUGUGUCCUUGUGAGACGCGGUGUAGGUGAACGGAUGAUCUCUGCAUGUGUAGUUCUCACCAUAAAGCAUGGAGGAGGAGGUAUUAUGGUGUGGGGGGUGCUUUGCUGGUGACAUUGUCUGUGAUUUAUUUAGAUUUCAAGGCACACUUAACCAGCAUGGCUACCACAGCAUUCUGCAGCGAUACGCCAUCCCAUCUGGUUUGGGCUUAGUGGGACUAUCAUUUGUUUUUCAACAGGACAAUGACCCAACACACCUCCAGGCUGUGUAAGGGCUAUUUUACCAAGAAGGAGAGUGAUGGAAUGCUGCAUCAGAUGACCUGGCCUCCACAAUCCCCCGACCUCAACCCAAUUGAGAUGGUUUGGGAUGAGUCGGACGGCAGAGUGAAGGAAAAGCAGCCAGCAAGUGCUCAGCAUAUGUGGGAACUCCUUCAGGACUGUUGGAAAAGCAUUCCAGGUGAAGCUGGUUGAGAGAAUGCCAAGAGUGUGCAAAGCUGUCAUCAAGGCAAAGGGUGGCUAUUUGAAGAACCUCAAAUAUAAAAUGUAUUUUGAUUUGUUUAACACUGUUUUGGUUACUACAUGAUUCCAUAUGUGUUAUUUCAUAGUUUUGAUGUCUUCACUAUUAUUCUACAAUGUAAAAAAUUAAGAAAAACCCUAAUCAAAUCAAAUCAAAUUGUACUGGUCACAUGCGCCGAAUACAACAGGUGCAGACAUUACAGUGAAAUGCUUACUUACAGCCCUUAACCAACAGUGCAUUUAUUUUUAACCAAAAAAGUAAAAAUAAAACAACAAAAAAAGUGUUGAGAAAAAAAAGAGCAGAAGUAAAAUAAAAUAACAGUAGGGAGGCUAUAUAUACAGGGGGGUACCGGUGCAGAGUCAAUGUGCGGGGGCACCGGCUAGUUGAGGUAGUUGAAGUAAUAUGUACAUGUGGGUAGAGUUAAAGUGACUAUGCAUAAAUAAUUAACAGAGUAGCAGCAGCGUAAAAGGAUGGGGUGGGGGGGCAGUGCAAAAUAGUCUGGGUAGCCAUGAUUAGCUGUUCAGGAGUCUUAUGGCUUGGGGGUAGAAGCUGUUGAGAAGUCUUUUGGACCUAGACUUGGCACUCCGGUACCGCUUGCCGUGCGGUAGCAGAGAGAACAUUCUAUGACUAGGGUGGCUGGAGUCUUUGAUCAUUUUCAGGGCCUUCCUCUGACACCGCCUGGUAUAUAGGUCCUGGAUGGCAGGAAGCUUGGCCCCAGUGAUGUACUGGGCCGUACGCACUACCCUCUGUAGUGCCUUGCGGUCGGAGGCCAAGCAGUUGCCAUACCAGGCGGUGAUGCAACCAGUCAGGAUGCUCUCGAUGGUACAGCUGUAGAAUUCUUUGAGGAUCUGAGGACCCAUGCCAAAUCUUUUCAGUCUCCUGAGGGGGAAUAGGCUUUGUCGUGCCCUCUUCACGAAUGAGUAGGCGUGUCCAAACUUUUGACUGGUACUGUAUAUGUAUGCAUUUAUCAUAAUAACUACCUCUGGUCCAGAGGCGUCUACAUGGCUUCUUAAGAUUCUAGACCAGAGCUAAGUAAUAACUGUCUUUUUCAGAUGCAAUCCAAGAUGGAGAACACCAGAAGAGAAGCUGUACUCCUGUCCAGGAUGAAACAUCCCAGCAUAGUGGCCUUCAGGGACUCUUUUGAAGGUAGACAGUUUCACUGUGGCUAUCUUGAUUGUGAAAUGAAACUGCUUUGAUACUGCCAUCCUUGUAAGAUUAUGCAAUCCCACUGGGCAAAAACUGGUUGAAUCAACGUUGUUUCCACAUCAUUUCAACAACAAAAUUCAAUGAGAUGACGUUGAAUCAACAUGGAAAACUGAUUUUAGAUUUGAAAAGUCAUCAGUAAAGGCAUUUUAUCUUUUUUUUCACCCCACUUUUAACCUAAAUCCAAUGACAUGGUGACAUUUUUUUUGUUGAUUUCAUGUUGAAUUCACAUUAGUUGACAACUCAACCAAAAUGUAAAUCAAAACUAGACGUUGAACUUGACGUCUGUGCCCAGUGGGAUGCUUUUUGUUCUGCUUAUGUAUGUAAUUGGGUAUGUAUUGCUUAUGAAUGUGAUAUGAAGUCUGUGGUAUGUGAAGUAGGGCUGGUGUCUUGUCUCCUGUAGGUGACGGCCACCUGUACAUAGUAAUGGAGUUCUGUGGCGGGGGGGACCUGCUCCAAAGGAUACAGCAACAGAAAAACACACUGUUCUCACAGGACACAGUAUGACACCUUCAUUCAUAAAUGAAUUUGGUUAAUUCGCUAACUCGGCCAAAUGCAAAUCUCAAAUAGUAGACCAGUAUAUGGUUUCCCACUGUUUUGAAAACACUAACUGGUAGGGAUGUGACGAACGUGGAAUUUUGGAUGACUGUAAUUGGCCAGCCAAAUGACGAGGUCUCGGUAAAACCAUUCGAAUAUCAUUUAAAAAAUAAUAUAUAUAUAUAUAUAUAUAUAUAUACACACAGUUGAAGUCGGAAGUUUACAUACACCUUAGCCAAAUACAUUUCAAUUUUAAUAUUUUUGUAAUAUUUUUUAAUAUUUUGUUUAUUAUUAAUUGUAUUUAUUUUCAUUUAUUUUAUUUUGGGGGGGGGGGGGAAUCUUAGUAAAAAUUCCGUGUCUUAGGUUAGUUAGGAUCACCACUUUUAUUUUAAGAAUGUGAAAUGUUCUAAUAAUAGUAGAGAGAAUGAUUUAUUUCAGCUUGUAUUUAUUUCAUCACAUUCCCAGUGGGUCAGAAGUUUACAUACACUCAAUUAGUAUUUGGUAGCAUUGCCUUUAAAAUGUUUAGCUUGGGUCAAACGUUUCGGAUAGCCUUCCACAAGCUUCCCACAAUAAGUUGGGUGAUUUUUGGCCCAUUCCUCCUGACAGAGCUGGUGUAACUGAGUCAGGUUUGUAGGCCUCCUUGCUCGCACACGCUUUUUCAGUUCUGCCCACAAAUGUUCUAUUGGAUUGAGGUCAGGGCUUUGUGAUGGCCACUCCAAUACCUUGACUUUGUUGUCUUUAAGCCAUUUUGCCACAACUUUGGAAGUAUGCUUGGGGUCAUUGUCCAUUUGGAAGACCUAUUUGCGACCAAGCUUUAACUUCCUGACUGAUGUCUUCAAAUGUUGCUUCAAUAUAUCCACAUAAUUGUCCUUCCUCAUGAUGCCAUCUAUUUUGUGAAGUGUACCAGUCCCUCCUGCAGCAAAGCACCCCCACAGCAUGAUGCUGCCACCCCCGUGCUUCACGGUUGGGAUGGUGUUCUUCAGCUUGCAAGCGUUCCCCUUUUUCCUCCAAACAUAACGAUGGUCAUUAUGGCCAAACAGUUCUAUUUUUGUUUCAUCAGAUCAGAGGACAUUUCUCCAAAAAGUAUGAUCUUUGUCCCCAUGUGCAGUUGCAAACCAUAGUCUGGCUUAUUUAUGGCGGUUUUGGAGCAGUGGCUUCUUCCUUGCUGAGCGGCCUUUCAGGUUAUGUCGAUAUAGGACUUGUUUUACUGUGAAUAUAGAUACUUUUGUACCUGUUUCCUCCAGCAUCUUCACAAGGUCCUUUGCUGCUGUUCUGGGAUUGAUUUGCACUUUUGGCACAAAAGUACGUUAAUCUCUAGGAGACAGAACGCGUCUCCUUCCUGAGCGGUAUGACGGCUGCGUGGUCCCAUGGUGUUUAUACUUGCGUUCUGUUGUUUGUACUGAUGAACGUGGUACCUUCAGGCGUUUGGAAAUUGCUCACAAGGAUGAACCAGACUUGUGGAGGUCUACAAUUUCUUUUCUGAGGUCUUGGCUGAUUUCUUUAGAUUUUCCCAUGAUUUCAAGCAAAGAGGCACUGAGUUUGAAGGUAGGCCUUGAAAUACAUCCACAGGUACACCUCCAAUUGACUCAAAUGAUGUCAAUUAGCCUAUCAGAAGCUUCUAAAGCCAUGACAUCAUUUUCUGGAAUUUUCCAAGCUGUUUAAAGGCACAGUCAACUUAGUGUAUGUAAACUUCUGACCCACUGGAAUUGUGAUACAGUGAAUUAUAAGUGAAAUAAUCUGUCUGUAAACAAAAAAUACUUGUCAUGCACAAAGUAGAUGUCCUAACCGACUUGCCAAAACUGUAGUUUGUUAACAAGACAUUUGUGGAGUGGUUGAAAAACGAGUUUUAAUGACUCCAACCUAAGUGUAUGUAAACUUCCGACUUCAACUGUAUAUAAAAAAAUAAAGCAAAACCUGGAAUGAGUACUACCAGUGAAAAGUUUGGACACACCUACUCAUUCCAGGGUUUUUCUUUAUUUUUACUAUUUUCUACAUUGUAGAAUAAUAGUGAAGACAUCAAAACUAUGAAAUAAUACAUAUGGAAUCAUGUAGUAACCAAAAAACUGUUAAACAAAUCAAAAUAUAUUUUAUAUUUGAGAUUCCUUGAUGACAGCUUUGCACACUCUUGGCAUAUUCAUAUAUUCAUUGCGGCGAUUCUGUUGAAAACAUUUCUUAAACGGACCUACCUGAAUUUGUCUAAUAGAAAAUGGUUUGUUUGGACGAGUGAUUACAACCUAGGUCUGCUAGAUGCAAGCGAGAGUGUGCAAAGCGGUAUUGAAUGUGUCACUGUCACCUUGAUUACUCCAAUUUGCCUCUCAACCUGUGUGCACCUAUGUUAUAAACUUUAAUUCAUAGGCUAGGUUGUAGCAACCUCAUGAUGAGUACAGGGUAAAUUCUAGUAUCUAAACCUAUCGACGCUACAUUGAUCUGGGUGAAUGGAAUAUGAAUGACAGUCAUCCAAUAUGCUGGAAUAGAAAUAAGGCCUUGCUCGUAUAAUAAAAAUUGGCCUCCCCUAAUUUUAAAUGUAUCGCAUCACAAUACCAGGCAGCAGAGUGAUGAUGCUGUUUGUAUGUGGCUGCUAUGAAAGUGAACUGUGUGUGCAGUUGAUAAGGGGUAUAUUCAUUUGUUUGCUUUGUUUCAACAAAGUUUCAUCACGUUGUCAAGAGUCCAUGUUUUUUUUAGUUUUACUUUGCUCUUUAUGACUUUUAUUUUAUUUACACAGUUAUACAGUAAUUGUGCCUGCCCUAACUGGUUUAUUCUCUGGAGAAAGGAUCCCACUCGGACUGUAUUUCAUGUCUCUGUGUUACUAGAUUCUGAAGUGGUUUGCUCAGAUGUGUUCUGGUACAAAGCACAUCCAUGACAAACGUGUCUUACACAGGGAUCUCAAGUCCAAGGUAAGUUCCAAAGUUUACGUUUUUUUCCAUAGCUACGUUUCAGAUUGGCAACAUAUUUCCUUUUUAAGGUCACGUUGUGAGCUGCAGAUAUUACGUUUAUCGUCCUGUGGCUGCCAUCUUUUGACAUUUUUCACCUACAUUUCUCUUGAAUGAAGAAUGGGCCUAAAAAAAUACUUUCUAAAGAAUUUAUAUUGGAACAGUAUAUUCCAAAUCCUAUUAUAACAAUUGGAUGACUUUGGGUGUUUCAGUAAAGCAACAAUUUGCCUUCAUUAGUCUACUUUAUUACAAUGUUAGUUUUAUGUCACUUCUCAUGUCAAGUGUAAUUGCGCCAUUUUGUAUUUACCCAAGUUCUCUCUCAACUCCGGGACCACCCGCAAGCAAUAUGUUUUUGUUGUUGUUGGCCUGAUGCAGGAUUCUAGAGAGACUCUUAGACUGAAACAUUCACACCUCCAUUCAUUUACAAAAGGGAAGUCCAAUAGCUCGGCUAGGUGUGAAAAAUCCCCCUUUUUGUGCGCCACAGUUUAGACAUUUACAUUGACAUUUUAGUCAUUUAGCAGACGCUCUUAUCCAGAGCGACUUACAGGAGCAAUUAGGGUUAAGUGCCUUGCUCAAGAGCACAUCGACAGAUUUUUCACCUAGUCGGCUCGGGGAUUAGAACCAGCGACCUUUCGGUUACUGGCACAACGCUCUUAACCACUAAGCUACCUGCCGACCCUAGACUGUGAUAGAUCAGCGUUCUGACUACCCCUUGUGACAGUGGGGUGCAAUGACAGAAUUACGCAGUUUACCACAAACUGUUGCGGCAUAAGCUUGGAUGUUUUGAGGAACCACUGUAUAUAUUGUAAGCCUAUAUCUGAAAAGAAUUUCAGCUCUUCCACGUAGUCUCCCGAGUGACGCAGUGGUCUAAGGCACUGCAUUGCAGUGCUAGCUGUGCCACUACAGAUCCUGGUUCGUAUCCAGGCUCUGUCGUAGCCGGCCGCGACCGGGAGACCCCAUGGGGCGGCGCACAAUUGGCCCAGCGUCGUCCAGGGUAGGGGAGGGAAUGGCCGGCAGGGAUGUAGCUCAGUUGGUAGGGCAUGGCAUUUGCAACGCCAGGGUUGUGGGUUCGAUUCCCACGGGGGGGGCCAGUAUGAAAAAUGUAUGCACUCACUAACUGUAAGUCGCUCUGGAUAAGAGCGUCUGCUAAAUGACUAAAAUGUAAAUUGAAUGUGUUUCACCUCUAAAUCAGGUCAGUGACAGAAGGAAACAGGAAGUCAUGUAGUUUUACUGUACAUUUAUUUUCAUCACUUCCUUCUCGUUUGUGUUCAGAAUAUCUUCCUGACAGAAAAUGGGACAGUGAAGCUGGGUGACUUUGGCUCAGCCUGUGUUCUAAACAGGUACCAGAAGAUGCUUUGCCAUUUAAUACUUUUCAGAAAAUAUCACUUUUCUAAUACUGUUUCUAUAUUACUAUAAGUAUACACGGAGUAUACAAAACAUUAAGAACACCUUCCUAAUACCAGGUGUCGAAAGCGUUCCACAGGGAUGCUGGCCCAUGUUGACUCAAAUGCUUCUCAGAGUUGUGUCAAGUUGGCUGGAUGUCCUUUGGGUGGUGGACCGUUCUUGAUACACACGGGAAACGGUUGAGCAUGAAAAACCCAGCAGCGUUGCAGUUCUUGACACCAAACCGGUACGCCUACCACCAUACCCCGUUCAAAGGCACUUCAAUCUUUUGUCUUGCCCAUUCACCCUCUGAAUGGCACACAUGCACAAUCCAUGUCUCAAUUAAAACACUGAUUGUAGAUGAAGGGGAGGAGACGGGUUAAAGUGGAUUUAACAAAUGACAUCAAUACGGGAUCGUAGCUUUCACCCGGUCAGUCUACGUCGCGGAAAGAGCAGGUGUUCUUAAUGUUUUGUACACUCAGUGUAUGGAGUCAUUUUAGAUAGUAUUUAUCAUUUACUUUAAUGAUGUCCUGUUAUUCUCUGUCACAGUGCGAAGGCCUUUGCUCAAACCUACGUUGGAACUCCGUACUACGUUUCCCCUGAGAUCUGGGACAGUAAGCCAUACAAUAAUAAGAGGUAGUAUCAUAAUACCCUGUACUAUGACAUCCGAAAAUCUAUUGAUCAAUGAUUAGAUUUCUGAUUAACCCUACAAUCCACUGUAUAGAAAUAAUAUAUUUAACUUUAAACUUAGCCAAGGGAGGCGUGGGAUGUGUGAUAUCUAACUCUGUCAGUGUUAUAGCGACGUGUGAUAUCUAACUCUGUCAGUGUUCCAGUGACGUGUGAUAUCUAACUCUGUCAGUGUUCCAGUGACGUGUGAUAUCUAACUCUGUCAGUGUUCCAGUGACGUGUGAUAUCUAACUCUGUCAGUGUUCCAGUGACGUGUGAUAUCUAACUCUGUCAGUGUUCCAGUGACGUGUGAUAUCUAACUCUGUCAGUGUUCCAGUGACGUGUGAUAUCUAACUCUGUCAGUGUUAUAGCGACGUGUGAUAUCUAACUCUGUCAGUGUUCCAGUGACGUGUGAUAUCUAACUCUGUCAGUGUUCCAGUGACGUGUGAUAUCUAACUCUGUCAGUGUUACAGUGACGUGUGAUAUCUAACUCUGUCAGUGUUCCAGUGACGUGUGAUAUCUAACUCUGUCAGUGUUCCAGUGACAUGUGAUAUCUAAUUAUGUCAGUGUUCCAGCAACGUGUGAUAUCUAACUCUGUCAGUGUUAUAGCGACGUGUGAUAUCUAACUCUGUCAGUGUUCCAGUGACGUGUGAUAUCUAACUCUGUCAGUGUUCCAGUGACAUGUGAUAUCUAAUUAUGUCAGUGUUCCAGCAACGUGUGAUAUCUAACUCUGUCAGUGUUAUAGCGACGUGUGAUAUCUAACUCUGUCAGUGUUCCAGUGACGUGUGAUAUCUAACUCUGUCAGUGUUCCAGUGACGUGUGGUGCCAUGUAAUUUCUCGUCUGUGUGAAUAUAUUUGUGUGUGUUCCAGCGACGUGUGGUCUCUCGGCUGUGUCCUCUACGAGCUCUGCACCCUGCGACACCCGGUACACUCACACACACACACACACACACACACACACACACACACACACACACACACACACACACACACACACACACUCUCUCUCUCACUCUGGAGCCGUAGCCUGUGGCAGUUGUCUGGAGCUGUAGCCUGUAGCAGUCAUUUUGGAGCUGUGGCCUGUAGCAGUCUGGAGCUGUAGCCUGUGGCAGUCAGUCUGGAGCCGUAGCCUGUGGCAGUCAGUCUGGAGCCGUAGCCUGUGGCAGUCAGUCUGGAGCGGUGGCCUGUAGCAGUCUGUCUUUCUGGAGCUGUAGCCUUUGUCAGUCUGGAGCCGUAGCCUGUGGCAGUCUGUCUGGAGCUGUAGCCUGUAGCAGUCAGUCUGGAGCCAUAGCCUGUGGCAGUCUGUCUGGAGCUGUAGCCUGUAACAGUCAGUCUGGAGCCGUAGCCUGUAGCAGUCUGUCUUUCUGGAGCUGUAGCCUUUGUCAGUCUGGAGCCGUAGCCUGUGGCAGUCAGUCUGGAGCCGUAGCCUGUAGCAGUCAGUCUGGAGCCAUAGCCUGUGGCAGUCAGUCUGGAGGUGUAGCCUGUACCAGUCUGGAGGUGUAGCCUGUACCAGUCUGGAGGUGUAGCCUGUGGCAGUCUGUUUGGGGGUGUAGCCUGUACCAGUCUGGAGCCGUAGCCUGUACCAGUCUGGAGGUGUAGCCUGUACCAGUCUGGAGCCGUAGCCUGUACCAGUCUGGAGCCGUAGCCUGUAGCAGUCAGUCUGGAGCCGUAGCCUGUACCAGUCUGGAGGUGUAGCCUGUACCAGUCUGGAGCCGUAGCCUGUAGCAGUCAGUCUGGAGCCGUAGCCUGUACCAGUCUGGGGGUGUAGCCUGUACCAGUCUGGAGCCGUAGCCUGUACCAGUCUGGGGGUGUAGCCUGUACCAGUCUGGAGGUGUAGCCUGUACCAGUCUGUCAGUUUGGUUUGUGUUUCCAGGGAUCCUCCUAAACCUCUGUUCUCCCUCCCUCCCUCCCCGUCUCAGUUCCAGGCUCCUAGUUGGAAGAGUCUGAUCAUGAAGGUGUGUCGUGGUUCCUACCCUCCUCUACCACAACACCUGCCUUAUGAGCUGCACUACCUGGUCAAACACAUGUUCAAGACCAACCCCAAAGACCGUCCGUCCCUCCACACCAUCCUCACGUCUCACCGCGUAGCCAGACUCCUGCGCAGACACCUGCCCAACAAGGUAAAAGCCCUGUUCAGAACAAGCCCCCUACCCCCUAGACACCAUCCCCUACCAACAAGGUACAAGCCCUGUUCGGAACAAGGCCCCUACCCCCUAGACACCAUCCCCUACCAACAAGGUACAAGCCCUGUUCGGAACAAGGCCCCUACCCCCUAGACACCAUCCCCUACCAACAAGGUACAAGCCCUGUUCAGAACAAGCCCCCUACCCCCUAGACACCAUCCCCUACCAACAAGGUACUAGAUAAGCUCUGUUCAGAACAAGGCCCCUACCCCCUAGACACCAUCCCCACCAUCCCCUACCAACAAGGUACUAGAUAAGCUCUGUUCAGAACAAGGCCCCUACCCCCUAGACACCAUCCCCUACCAGAGCAUGUGAGCGGUCGGAAAUCCCCCUCAUCACUCGUGGAGCGGCGCUUCGCUCCAUUCAUUAGAAUCACCACUUAACCAACACCCAUCUAUAUUUGGUUUUGAAGUAUUGAAACCAAACCAUAUGAUUUGAAUGAAAAGUAUUUUUAAAAAACAUGAAAAGGUGAUUGUAAGAAGAGCUCAUUAUUUCAAAUAGGCUACGUGUCAUAUUAAACAGCAUAUAAACACUGGGCGGCAGGUAGCUCAGUGGGUAAGAGCGUUGUGCCAGUAACCGAAAGGUCGCUGGUUCUAAUCUCCGAGCCGACUAGGUGAAAAAUCUGUCGACGUGCCCUUGAGCAAGGCACUUAACCCUAAUUGCUCCUGUAAGUCGCUCUGGAUAAGAGCGUCUGCUAAAUGACUAAAAUGUAAAUAGGUCAGGAGCCAGACAAGGAGCCUAACAAGCAACGAAAAUUCAUUAUUUAGGCUGUAUUAUUUCAAUUAUUUUCAAGGCUAUAGCCUACAAAGAAAUACAUUGUGAAGCAUUUUGCGAGAGCGACACACUAGGCUGGUAGGGACGUUAAGCGCUCAGCAUUUUUAAACAACAUUUCAUUGUAUUAAAUCAUUAUAGAUUUGUAUUGAAUCUAUACAUUUCACAUACAGGCUGUGACUUAAAUUAAAACGGAAAAUACCUUUUAUUAGGCUCAGUGCCUUUUUGAAUUCAUUUUUAGAAACACCAGUUUGGUCGCAGUGCUAGCUGUGCCACUAGAGAUCCUGGUUCGAGUCCAGGCUCUGUCGCAGCCGGCCGCGACCGGGAGACCCAUGGGGCGGCGCACAAUUGGUCCAGCGUCGUCCACGGUAGGGGAGGGUUUGGCCGGCAGGGAUGUGGGUUCGUUUCCCACGGGGGGCCAGUAUAAAAAAAAAAAAAAAAAAAACAUGUAUGCCCUCACUAACUGUAAGUCGCUCUGGAUAAGAGCGUCUGCUAAAUGACUAAAAUGUAAAUGUGAAUGUCAGUCUUCAGGCUCAUGCGAUGGUGCCUGGAGAGCCGGCCAGCAGCGGAGGAUAUCCUCUCUGCGCUUGCAGGGCCACUGGGGCUAAACACCCUUUUAGCUGCUCUUGCCAGGCAGAAAUGCAGUUGUUUUUUAUUUUUAUUAUAGAUCAGCUUUAAUAUUUCAGGUAGAUUGUAGCUUCCAUCAAUGUAAUCGUCUGCAUAAUUUCCAAUCCCCCGUAGAUGUAAAUAGAUAGAUACACUACCGUUCAAAAGUUUGGGGUCACUUAGAAAUGUCCUUGUUUUCGAAAGAAAAGCAAAAAAACAUGUUGUCCAUUUUUUAAAUAACAUCAAAUUGAUCAGAAAUACAGUGUAGACAUUGUUAAUGUUGUAAAUGGCUAUUGUAGCUGGAAACGGCUGAUUUUUUAAUAGAAUAUCUACAUAGGCGUACAGAGGCCCAUUUAUCAGCAACCAUCAGUCCUGUGUUCCAAUGGCACGUUGUGUUUGCUAAUCCAAGUUUGUCAUUUUAAAAGGCUAAUUGAUCAUUAGAAAACCCUUUUGCAAUUAUGUUAGCACAGCUGAAAACUGUUGUGCUGAUUUAAAGAAGCAAUAAAACUGGCCUUCUUGAGACUAGUUGAGUAUCUGGAGCAUCAGCAAUUGUCGGUUCGAUUACAGGAUCAAAAAUGGGCAGAAACAAAUAACUCUCUUCUGAAACUCGUCAGUCUAUUCUUGUUCUCAGAAAUGAAGGCUAUUCCAUGCGAGAAAUUGCCAAGAAACUGAAGAUCUCGUACAACGCUGUGUACUACUAUUCACAGAACAGCGCAAACUGUCUCUAACCAGAAUAGAAAGAGGAGUGGGAGGCCCCGGUGCACAACUGAGCAAGAGGACAAAUUCAUUACAGUGUCUAGUCUGAGAAACAGAUGCCUCACAGGUCCUCAACUGGCAGCUUCAUUAAACAGUACCCGCAAAACACCAGUCUCAACGUCAACAGUGAAGAGGCGGCUCCGGGAUGCUGACGACCUAGGCAGAGUUGCAAAGAAAAAGCCAUAUCUCAGACUGCCCAUCUUAAUCUUUUAUUUUCAUUGGUCAGUCUGAGAUAUGGCUACUCUGCGUUUUUGCCUUAUAAUAUGAAAUUACAGUAGGCUACCGAUAGCCUUUAUCGAUUACCCUUUUUCCUACGUAAUGGAAUGUGGCCCCUUGAAAGCGCCUCGGCUAUGGCAUGUUUUGUUUUUCUGUCUGUUAGGGUAGGCUACACUACGGAAUUUUUUUAAUGCCGACACGAAACGUUCUCUGGAGAUAUGAACGUGCAUUUUACUUGUCUGUAAAGGCAUGAGGUUUCUGAAGCGGCACAAAUUCUCAGGCGACCAGAACUGUCAAUCAAAUCAUCUUGAGCUGCUGCGCGCAGCUUAAUCUCUCCAAAAAAAAAAAAAAGUACUUUAAAGUUUAGUUAAAUACCGUGACUUACCAAGACAUUUAGUAGAAAUAAAACGCAUCUAGCUUCCAUACCAUAAAAGAACACAGCAGCACAUCAAUCAGUAACAUGUAUUGUUGUCAGGGAAACAAUACAGAACAUUUUUAUGCCGGAGCAGAAUUCUACUGUCACUUUUUUUUAGUUGUGGGGGGUGCGCAACUCAAUACUAUGAAGGUGUUCCUAAUGUUUUGUACACUCAGUGUACAUGGCUAUCCUCGUGGUGACACUACCGUGCCUUCUAGUGUGUACACAGGUGAAAUCUUUUUGAAGUGAACCCAUGCUCAUCUAUCAAACUGACAUGUUGUGAUCAAAUGUAGAAUUUAACAAUUUAAAUCCAAAACUUCGGCGCCACGUGUUAGAGGGUUGUCUGUGUGUGGGCGCUCUUGUGGGCGCUCUUGUGGGCGUGUGUGUGUGUGUGUGUGUGUGUGUGUGUGUGUGUGUGUGUGUGUGUGUGUGUGUGUGGUGUGUGUGUGUGUGUGUGUGUGAGAGUGUGAGUGUGAGUGUGAGUGUGAGUGUGAGUGUGAGUGUGAGUGUGAGUGUGAGUGUGACUGUGACUGUGACUGUGACUGUGACUGUGACUGUGACUGUGACUGUGUGUGGUAGCUGGUGGUACGUUUCUGAUGCAGCACGUUGCUUUCGGGAUCUGAUCCGUAGGAGUUGGAGAGGAGAACCGGGAGGUGGAGGAGAGAGGAGGGGGAGAAGGUAGCCUCACUCCUGGGGCAGAAGACCCUCAUGACAGCCUCUACCUUGGAGGGUAAGCAGGCUAGGAAGAUGUUCUUCAUCUCAUGGUGAGAUUGAACUGCAGGGUCCUAGUGUGAAGACCAGCAGGUUGAGUAGGACAUUUUAAACAUCAUUUAUCAUCAAUUUACAACCUGUUAUUCGUAAAACUUUAUUUUACGGUGUGUGUAUAUAGAUAAACUACUACGUAUUUACUAAUAAAUGACACGGUAGAGCGGUAAUAACACAGUCAUAACCUAUGGAUUAUUGUGUUUCUUUUAGAUUAAUUUGAAUGAAACUAAACUGGUCCUUUUUAAGGUCCCUCACAGUGAAAGUGCCCUGGUGUGAAAAACUGUAUUUUAAAAAAAAAAAUUUAUAAGGAAGUUGAACGUGUUUGAUGAUGUCUUCAUACAGGUCUGGAGUCCUGUGUGGCCCCUGCUGAGGCCCCUGCUGAGAGCGGCAGCAGUGGAGAGCAGCGUGGCCCUCGUAGACAGUGGGCCCCGUGCCCAUCAGACACAGCUCUACUGCUGUUGCCUAACACUGACCUCCUCUCCUCUGGGAGUCUGGCAACCGCAGGCCAGACACAUUCAGGUAUGCAGGUACUCUCACUAAGGCAGGCCAGACACACCCCUUAUCAGGUACUGAAACAGGCCAGACACAUUCAGGUAUGAAGGUACUCUCACCAAGGCAGGCCAGACACACCCCUUAUCAGGUACUGAAACAGGCCAGACACACCCCUUCUGACCCCUAGAUAGGUACUCUCACUGAAACAUUAUAGAAAGUAACGUUGUCGUCAUUCAAACAUCACAGGAUAUCCAGGUACACUAAAACAAAGUAGAAUGAACAACGCACAGUAUAUAUUUUUGCAAUAAACAUUUAUUGAGAAGUGAUGUUUUGAGUCACUAAAGCAUCCACUCCACAAACAUUUUGAGUCCUACAAUCUGCCCUCAGAUUUCACCAUUCAUUCAUGUUAAGAGGAUUCAAUAAAAUGUAUUAAAAACUAAUAAUAUUAUUAUUAUUUUAUUAGAAACUGUCAAUAUGUCCAUUCAUUCUGUAGAGAACAGAGAGAGAAGAGAGAGAAAAGUAUGGGACAGGAGUCCACCAGAGAGACUACUCCGUCUGUUAGAGAAAGCCCAGCUCAGCACCGCUUUCAGAACCUACUCCAUACACACAGAAGGUAUGUCCUGCUUACAGGGAAAUCUUAUUAUAAACAUUUACAGUAGAAUGUACCUGUCUACCACAUGGUUGGUCAUGCAUGCUGAAUCCUUAUUUUCUGAUUGAAGGUAUUGUAAGAGAUGACUGACGUGUGACUUGCCAAGUGAUAUUUUAGAGGAAGUGACGCAGAUCUCUCAACAUCCCGAACGUCGUUCCAUUAGUGAUAGACGUGGUUGCAACUCUUCCAUGUGCUUCCAUCUCUACUGUUAUGACUUACUGCAAGGUCUACCACUGUUCAGCGGUGGAAAAAGUACCCAAUUGUCAUACUUGAUUAAAAGUAAAAAAUACUCAAGUAAAAGUGAAAGUCACCCAGUAAAAUACUACUUGAGUAAAAGUAUUUGGUUUUAAAUAUACUUAAGUAUCAAAAGUAAAAGUAUAAAUCAUUUCAAAUUCCUUCAAUUAAGCAAACCGGACAGCAUCGUUUUUUUCUAGUUUUUUUUAUUUACGGAUAGCCAGGGGCACGCUCCAACACUCUGACAUCAUUUACAAACGAAGCAUGUGUUUAGUGAGUCUGCCAGAUCAGGGGCAGUAGGGAUGACCAGGGAUGUUCUCUUGAUAAGUGUGGGAAUUAGGCAAUUUUCCUGUCCUGCUAAGCAUUCAAAAUGUAACGAGCUGCCCAGUGACACAAGCCUACCAGACGAGCUAAAUCACUUCUAUGCUCGCUUCGAGGCAAGCAACACUGAAACAUGCAUGAGAGCAUCAGCUGUUCCGGAUGACUGUGUGAUCACGCUCUCCGUAGCCGAUGUGAGUAAGACUUUUAAGCAGGUCAACAUUCACAAGGCCGCAAGGCCAGACAGAUGACCAAGACGCGUACUCCGAGCAUGCGCUGACCAACUGGCAAGUUCUUCACUGACAUCUUCAACAUGUCCCCGACUGAGUCUGUAAUACCAACAUGUUUCAAGCAGACCACCAUAGUCCCUGUGCCCAAUAACACUAAGAUAACCUGCCUAAAUGACUACCGACCCGUAGCACUCACGUCUGUAGCCAUGAAGUGCUUUGAAAGGCUGGUCAUGGCUCACAUCAACACCAUUAUCCCAGAAACCCUAGACCCACUCCAAUUUGCAUACCGCCCCAACAGAUACACAUAUGAUGCAAUCUCUAUUGCACUCCACACUGCCCUUUCCCACCUGGACAAGAGGAACACCUACGUGAGAAUGCUGUUCAUUGACUACAGCUCAGCGUUCAACACCAUAGUGCCCUCAAAGCUCAUCACUAAGCUAAGGACCCUGGGACUAAACACCUCCCUCUGCAACUGGAUCCUGGACUUCCUGACGGGCCGCCCCCAGGUGGUAAGGGUAGGUAACAACACAUCUGCCACGCUGAUCCUCAACACGGGGGCCCCUCAGGGGUGCGUGCUCAGUCCCCUCCUGUACUCCCUGUUCACCCAUGACUGCAUGGCCAGGCAUGACUCCAACACCAUCAUUAAGUUUGCCGACGACACAACAGUGGUAGGCCUGAUCACAGACAACUAUGAGACAGCCUAUAGGGAGGAGGUCAGAGACCUGGCCGUGUGGUGCCAGGAUAACAACCUCUCCCUCAACGUGAUCAAGAUAAAGGAGAUUAUUGUGGACUACAGGACAAAAAGAGGACUGAGCACGCCACCAUUCUCAUCGACGGGGCUGUAGUGGAACAGGUUGAGAGCUUCAAGAUCCUUGGUGUCCACAUCACCAACAAACUGUCAUGGUCCAAACACACCAAUUACCCCUCAGGAGACUGAAAAGUUUUGGCAUGGGUCCUCAGAUCUUCAAAAAGUUAUACAGCUGCACCAUCGAGGGCAUCCUGACUGGGGAGAGGCGACGGUCGAGAGCCAUGCGUCCUCCAAAACACAACCCUGCCAAGCCGCACUGCUUCUUGACACACUGCUCGCUUAACCCGGAAGCCAGCCGUACCAAUGUGUUGGAGGAAAUGCCGUCCAAACGAAAUCAGCUUGCAGGUGCCCGGCCCGCCACAAGGAGGCGCUAGAGCACGAUGGGACAAGGAAAUCCCGGCCGGCCAAACCUUCCCCUAACCCAUUUAGGCAGGUUAGACUGACCAGGUGAAUCCAGGUGAAAGCUAUGAUCCCUUAUUGAUGUCCCUUGUUAAAUCCACUUCAUUCAGUGUAGAUGAAGGGGAGAAGACUGGUUAAAGAAUAAUUUUUAAGCGAAUUGAGAUAUGCAUUGUGUAUGUGUGGCCAUUCAGAGGGUGAAUGGGCAAGACAAAAUAUUAAAGUUCCUUUGAACGGGGUAUGGUAGUAGGUGCCAGGCGCACCGGUUUGUGUGAAGAACUGCAAAGUUGCUGGUUUUUCACGCUCAACCGUUUCCCGUGUGUAUCAAGAAUGGUCCACCACCCAAAGGACAUCCAGCCAAACUUGACACAGCCGUGGGAAGCAUUGGAGUCACCACGGGUCAGCAUCCCUGUGGAACGCUUUCGACCACCUUGUAGAGUCCAUGCCCCGACGAAUUGAGGCUGUUCUGACGGCAAAAGGGGGGUGCAACUCAAUAUCAGGAAGGCGUUCCUAAUGUUUUGUUCACUCAGUGUACACUCAUUCUGAUUUAGGGCUAGGCACUGAUUUUAUAGGGGUCAAAAGUAGGGCCCUAUAAUGUAUGGAAUAGGGCCUUGUCCCACACUACAUAGGGUAAAGGGUGUGAUUUGAAAACGUGCCCCUCUACCCCAGGGGAAGACCCUCUGGUAGGUCCCCUGUCCAGGGGAGGAGGGGACGACACAGACGGACAGACAGCCGGACAGACAGAGGAUGAAGACAGGCUGCAACCACGCUCUGAUGACGAGGACAC